CUGCUAGCUUCCCGGAUCAGCGACCACCCACCGGCUGCCUCCAACACUCGGCCCCACCAAAAUCGCACGGUUCAGCGAGCCCAGAACCAACCUUCGCGAUUUAGUAGUGGACAAUCGCGCGCCGUGAUUAGAUCGAGGUUGGAAAACGGCAAACACACGGGAAAAGUGCGCUAGCUAGGCCAUUUUGCGCGAAGCUGAUCUUAGAGGGGUUGGCGUCAGAACGCGUACGCAAAGUUUGGGCCCUUCGCGAAAAAUUAUUUAUUGGCCCCCCCUAAAAAAGUGACGUAAUUUCGGUGAAAGGGUUCUACCGAUUUGAGGGGAUCGCCAUUUGGGGAAACGGCUGUUUAAUAUUCUGCUCAAGUGCGGCGGGCUGUUUAUGCGAUAAUCGCAAGUCAAGUGAAAGUUCUGUGAGUGGUUUUUGUUUUAUUCGAAAAGAUAAUUGUUAAGUAGUGUUUUUAAACAUGAAUUGGAGGGUGACAUCUAGAUUUGCAAUCAAAGCGUUGCAACUGCUGGUCAUCUGUGCUGUGAUUGGAAUAGUUCGUGGUAAUUCCAACCAACAGACCAGAGUCCAUGAUCCGACCCAAAUUCAACACGUGCUGCGGCAAAAUCCUCCCCCACGUAAUCCAUUUCUGCAGUGGCUGGCUGGAUUGAUUGCCACUACCUCGACGACGGAAGCGCCCACUCUGGAACCGCCGACCAAUUGUAAAACUUGCAAAUGUGGUCGCACCAACAAGCCAACCCGAAUCGUCGGAGGAACGGAAACCCGGGUCAAUCAGUACCCCUGGAUGGCGAUGCUCCAGUACGGGGGAACGUUCUACUGUGGGGGAACACUGAUCAGCGAUCGACACGUCCUAACGGCUGCGCAUUGCGUGCACGGAUUCAAUCCGGCCAAGAUCAGCGUGGUGCUGAUGGAACACGAUCGAUCGGACCAAAAGGAAGCGGAAACCAUCACGAGUUCGGUCAUCCGGGUGAUCAAACACAACGGAUAUAAUCCGAACAACUACAACAGCGACAUUGCGUUGCUCCGGUUGAACAAGACGAUCGACUUCGAUGACAAAAAGAGGCCUGUUUGUAUGCCAUCGAAGAAAAAAUCUUUCUCUGGUUAUGAUGGAAUUGUGACCGGUUGGGGAGCGACGUCGGAAAACGGUCAGAUUUCGGUCAAUCUGAGGGAGGUGACGGUGCCGAUCAUGUCCAACACCGAGUGCCGCAUGAGUGGGUACGGCGAGACGCGCAUUACCGAGAACAUGAUGUGCGCCGGCUAUCCGAUGGGCAUGAAGGACUCGUGCCAGGGCGACAGCGGCGGUCCGAUGCAUGUGAUCAAUCAGGAUAUGAGGAGCGAUAAUAUCCACCAGAUCGCGGGUAUUGUGUCCUGGGGCGAAGGCUGUGCCAAGCCGAACUAUCCGGGGGUUUACACGCGGGUCAAUCGGUUCCACACUUGGAUCACGACAAAUGCCGCUGAUGGUUGUUUCUGCUCGGAAAUCCGAAAAGUUAUCAAGGAUGAACCCGAAAAGGCUGUUGAACGACAGGACAGUGCAUUCCUGGAGUGGCUUGAGCUGUUGACGGGGGUAGCUCGGCCCGGACCGCCACUCAAACCGGCUGAAAACUGUACGGAAUGUAAAUGUGGUCGGACAAAUCAGGUGAAGCGCAUCGUUGGAGGCAUGGAAACACGAGUCAACCAGUACCCUUGGAUGGCCAUCCUGAAGUACGGGGGUUCGUUCUACUGUGGCGGAACACUGAUCACAGAUCGUCACGUAAUGACUGCGGCUCACUGUGUCCACGGCAUCCGCAGACAACGGAUUACGGUUACACUGAUGGAUCAUGAUCGUACCGUGGAUGAGGACGCGGAAACCACUACGGCCAAAGUGGAACGCAUCUUCAAGCACAACUUGUACAAUCCGUUGAGGUAUGAUAACGAUAUCGCUAUCCUGAAGCUGGACCAGGUGAUAACGUUCAACGACAAAACAAGACCGGUUUGCCAGCCUUCGCCAGAUGAGUCCUUUGCUGGAUAUGAUGCCAUUAUUACCGGUUGGGGUACCACAUCGCAGGGAGGUGAAGUAUCGUCCACCCUCCUGGAGGUGACGGUUCCGGUCAUGACCAAUGAAGAAUGUCGGAAUACAUCGUACGGCGAGAGUCGCAUCACGGAUAAUAUGCUGUGUGCUGGACUCCCCGAUGGUGGCAAGGAUUCCUGCCAGGGCGACAGCGGUGGUCCGCUGCAUAUUAUCGAUCGUGGAUCGGAAUCGGAAAUGAUCCACCAACAGGCCGGGGUUGUGUCCUGGGGUGAAGGCUGUGCCAAGCCGGAUAAACCCGGGGUCUACACUAGGGUGAACCGGUAUCUGGACUGGAUCCGGAAUAAUACCAUCGAUGGGUGCCACUGCACUCAAUGAUUGUAUUUCUUUUAAUCUUUUAGUGAAAAAUAUUAUCUUCAUUGCCAUAUUUAUUUUAUUAAAUUAAUUAGGAAAAAUAUUUAUUAUACAUUUCAAUAUUCUUAAUUGGUUUGAAAAAUAUUUAUAUAGGUAAUAGGAAAAAGUAAUAAAAAGACAAAAAGUAA